CUGGAAGGAGGGUGUGUGUGAGGCUAGGAAACCUAAUAAUUUUUAUCUGUGUAUAAUGCACCGGGGAGGUGUUUGUGUGCGAGGCUCCUGUUACUGUGAAGAUCAGGUACAAUACAGAUCACUGCGUUUGUCAGUAAAGAAGAAACAUUAUAAGAAUAUCUGACAAAUUCAGUCGCUGAACAAGACAAUGUCUGAGAAGACCGAGACCCAAACCUCAGACCAUCCUGAUGCACACGGAGGGCGUCUAGAGGAAAACCCGGGCACUGGGCUAUUAAAUGUGAAGGAAGAGGAUGAGACAGAUGACAUGAAUAGUCAUCAGACUGAAAUACAUUGGUCCCUCCCUGCCGAUGAAGAUAACGCUGAUAUAGUGAAAGUUGAGAUAACAGAAGAUCUGUGUGGGAGGCAUCAGCUGGAAGCACCAGAUGAGGAAACCAGUGACAGCAUCAGCCCAGGUGAAAAAGAUGCUAAGAUUUCAUGUAAAACAGAACAAACAGAAGAUCAGUGGCUAAGAAAUAUAACAGAAGCAGCAGAGCAGGAAAUAUGUGACAAUAUAAAUGCAGGUGAAUUCACAAACCACAAUAAUCCUAGUCAUGAUCAGAGUGCAGAUGCUUCUUUAAAUCUUCAUCAUCAAAGAAGCCAAGUGGGAAAUUUAUGUUCUGAAUGUGGGAAAUAUUUUCUCAAGAAAUCACAUCUUUAUAGACAUCUGAAAGAUCAUAAAGGAGAAAAUCCAUUUUCCUGUUCUAUAUGUGGGACAUGUUUUAACCGUAAAGGGAAUCUUGUUGUUCAUCAGAAAAUUCAUUCAGGAGAAAAAAAAAAGUCAUGUUCUGUAUGUGGGAAAUGUUUUACUCGGAAGUCGUAUCUUAUUGUCCAUCAGAAAAUUCAUACAGGAGAGAAAAAAAUUUCAUGUUCGGACUGUGGAAAAUGUUUUACUCAGAAAUCAAAUCUUAUUACACAUCAGAAAAUUCAUACAGGAGAGAGAGGAUUUUCAUGUUCUGACUGUGGGAAAUGUUUUACUCAGAAACCACAUCUUAUUGAUCAUCAGAAAAUUCAUACAGGAGAAAGAGCAUUUUCAUGUUCUGACUGUGGGAAAUGUUUUACUCGGAAACCACAUCUUAUUGAUCAUCAGAAAAUUCAUACAGGAGAGAAAGCAUUUUCAUGUUCUGACUGUGGGAAAUGUUUUACUCAGAAAGCAAAUCUUAUUACGCAUCAGAAAAUUCAUACAGGAGAGAGAGGAUUUUCAUGUUCUGACUGUGGGAAAUGUUUUACUCUAAAAUCACAUCUCCUUGAUCAUCAGAAAAUUCAUACAGGAGAGAGAGCAUUUUCAUGUUCUGACUGUGGGAAAUGUUUUACUCGGAAACCACAUCUUAUUCGUCAUCAGAAAAUUCAUACAGGAGAGAGAGCAUUUUCAUGUUCUGACUGUGGAAAAUGUUUUACUCGGAAACCACAUCUUAUUCGUCAUCAGAAAAUUCAUACAGGAGAGAGAACAUUUUCAUGUUCUGACUGUGGGAAAUGUUUUAUUCUAAAAUCACAUCUCAUUGAUCAUCAGAAAAUUCAUACAGGAGAGAGAGCAUUUUCAUGUUCUGACUGUGGGAAAUGUUUUACUCGGAAACCACAUCUUAUUGAUCAUCAGAAAAUUCAUACAGGAGAGAGAGCAUUUUCAUGUUCUGACUGUGGGAAACGUUUUACUCGGAAACAACAUCUUAUUCGUCAUCAGAAAAUUCAUACAGGAGAGAGAGCAUUUUCAUGUUCUGACUGUGGGAAAUGUUUUACUCGGAAACCACAUCUUAUCCGUCAUCAGAAAAUUCAUACAGGAGAGAGAGCAUUUUCAUGUUCUGACUGUGGGAAAUGUUUUACUUGGAAACCACAUCUUUUUCGUCAUCAGAAAAUACAUACAGGUGAGAGAGCAUUUUCAUGUUCUGACUGUGGGAAAUGUUUUACUCGGAAACCACAUCUUAUUGAUCAUCAGAAAAUUCAUACAGGAGAGAGAGCAUUUUCAUGUUCUGAUUGUGGGAAAUGUUUUACUCGGAAACCACAUCUUAUUCGUCAUCAGAAAAUUCAUACAGGAGAGAGAGAGAGAGCAUUUUCAUGUUCUGAGUGUGGGAAAUGUUUUACUCUAAAGUCAAAUCUUACUAAGCAUCAGAAAAGUCAUAGUAAAGGAAAUAAGAACAUAACCACUUAAAGGACCUCUCAUUGCAGAAGAAUUGCAUAAUAAACAAGCGCAUAAUAAAAAGACAAUGAUUUAACACCUA